AUGUCUGAGAAAAGACCUAACGUGUUUUCUGUAUUCAAUUUUAAGAAAAGCAAAGUUGAGUCUGUCGAUGGUUGUAGUAAUAUUGAAAUAAAAAAGGACAGCCUUUUGCCCGAUAGUAUAGAAGUUGACAAUCCUAAUUUAUUAAAAAAUGAGACCCUGAAAAGUUCAUCCUUAUCAAUGCCUGCUAUGACUGAAAAUGAAAUUUACAAGAAUGAUAUUGCUUGCUUCAUAAUGAACCGAACGCUGAAAAAGUCUGAAAUUGUUGAUUGUUUAAAACACAUUUGGAUACCUCCAUUAGAUUUUAAUUUUCCAGAGAACAUAGAAGGCAAACAAAAAAGAAAAUUUCAGCAUAAGUAUUUGACACAAUAUUCUUGGCUUGCUUAUAGUGAUAUACAUAAAGGAGCCUAUUGUAAAUUUUGCGUUUUGUUUGCUUUUUCUGGUGGUGGAAUAGGCAGACAGAAUUUGGGAAAAUUAGUAACUGCACCUAUGUUAAAGUUUAAAGAUGCUAAGAAUGACUUCAACAAACAUUCAAAAACAGAAUAUCAUCUUCUUUCUGUUCAAAGAGCAAACGACUUCCUAAUCAAUUUUGAAAGUGGGUUUGAAAAAACAGUUGAUGUACUCUUUGAUAAACAUCUACAACAAACGAUUGAGAGCAACAAAAAAAGGCUGAUACCAAUUGUUAAGACAAUAUUAUUCUGUGCUAGAAAUAAUUUACCAUUGCGUGGUCAUCGAGAAACUGGUUCUUUAUCAUUAGAAAGUGUGAGAAGUUCUUGUAUAGUUGGUGAACAAGGUGUUCUUCGUGCACUUCUGGCUUUUCGGGUAGACAGUGGUGAUACAGAACUUCAAAGACACUUUGAAACUUCCCCUAAAAACUGCACAAUGAUCAGUCCCAAAGUCCAGAAUGAGAUAAUUGAUGUGAUUGGUGAUGUAAUUGUAGGGAAAAUAGUUGAACGAGUCAAACAAUUUCGAUUUUUUUCAUUACUAUGUGAUGAAACUACUGACAUUAGCACUACUGAACAGAUGACAGUAUGUAUACGAUAUGUAGAUACGUCAUCUUGGAUACUUAGAGAAGAUUUUCUGGGAUUUGUAAAAAUGACUUCAACUACUGGUUUAGCAAUAAAAGAUGCAAUAUUAAUAAAACUUAAAGAAGUUGGUCUUAGCAUAGAUAAUCUUAGAGGACAAGGUUAUGAUGGAGGAGCAAACAUGUCUGGUAAACAUAAUGCUGUCCAAAGUCUGAUUUUAAAUGAGCAACCACUAGCAUUCUAUACGCAUUGUUUUAGCCACUCUUUGAACCUUUGCUUAUCCAAGGCCUGUAAUGUUUCCCCGAUCAAAAAUAUGAUGGGAAUUGUAUCAAGUAUUGCUGCUUUUUUUUCUGCUUCAGCUAAGAGAUCUGAUAAAUUGAAAUCAGUUAUUUUAAGCGAUAGCAAUAAUUCACAAAAAAAAGAAAAAUUGAAAACACUGUGCGAGACACGUUGGAUUGAGCGUCAUGACGCAUUGAUUACAUUUAAACAAUUGUAUGUUUAUGUAGUGCAUGCUCUUGAAGAUAUUUCACAUGAUCCUAAUCCUGAAAGCUCAUGCAAAGCAGCAUUAUAUUUAAAUUCAGUGACAAAAAUUGAUUUUCUCGUUGCACUUGAAGUUACAGUAACUUGUUUUGCCUACACUUUACAACUCAGUAUUUCUCUUCAGAGCAAACAACAAGACAUUUCUAAAGCAUUAUCCGACGUAAUGGUUAUUCGCAGUGCACUAGAAGAGCUUCGAGAAGGUGCAGAUGGACACUUUAAACAAAUUUUUAAGGAUGUUUCUGAUAUUGCAAAUUUAGCAAAUGUAGAAAUAUGCAUGCCACGGAUAUGUGGUAGGCAAACACAAAGAAUAAAUGUAAAUUCAAAAGAUCCAGAGACAUACUUCAAAGUAUCAGUGUUUCUUCCUUUUCUUGAUUUCAUCCUUCAAGAAUUGGAUGCACGAUUUAAUCAACGACUUAGUGAUAUAAUACCUUUACAGGGACUUAUUCCUUCAAAUUUUGGUAUGUACGAUGAUGAAACUAUUUUGAAAGCGGCUUCUAUCUAUGCUCAAGAUCUUUCAACCGAUGAUAAUUCUAUUCUUAAAGCAGAGUUGCGCAUUUGGAGACACCAAUGGAAAAAUAAGCAAAUUAAAACAGAUUCAGCUAUUGAUACAUUACCCCAUUGCACAACUGCCGCACCCAGAAGGAUGCAAUUAGAAGACUGGAGCAAAUAA